UCUGCCCUGCGAUGGCAACCUGUCCAAGGUGUAUCCUGCCUUCCGCCUGAUGACCACUGGGAUAGGCUCCAGGGAGAAGCCACUUGAAAGAUGGGUGUGUAUUUGAAGGCCACCUACAUAGGGACCUUAUAAUAAGCAUGAAAUAAUUUUUAAAAAUGAAAAACAACUUUCCACAAAAUGACGUACUAAACUAAAGCGACAUGCUCUGAAAGUCUUUCAAUGGAGAAAUAGUUACUUGGAUAAAAGUCCUCUAUUUAUAUCUCCGCCUGUGUAGAAAAGUAUACAAUGACGGCUUCUUACUGCGGUUAUGUUAAUUACUGUGAUAAACAGUCCCGACUAAGGAGACGUGUGUGGACAUGAAAAACGUAGUUAGCUGGUCUCCUUAAUGGAAAUUUUCUACUUUGCCUCGAGCAGAAAACGUCCUGCCCGGCUGUUUUAGAACAGCUUCACAUAGCAUCUUAUGUCAUCUUGGCAAUAUUGGUGGCUUGUCAUAAAUACUCAGUUAUUGCUUUAAUUUAGCAGAAUUUAAGAGCUUAUUGUUGGGAUAUGAGGUCAUUGUGAGGACAGCCUUCAAAUAAAGAGAGUAUUUUAUACUUUACUGCAUGUUUGCAGCGAAUUAAACAUAACCUCAGAGACACGUCCGCACAUUUUACAGCACCGUUACUUGCUGAAUUGAAGGUAUUAGGCCAAAUAAAACAUAAGAAGUAUCAAACAUUAUGGCACAUUUUAUAUAUCAUGUUUUCCCAAUGUAUUAAAUUCAGAAAAUAAACAGAAAGUGUGCAGCAAAAUGUGCAGAAAACUUCCAUAUUUAAGGGUGUUCUCUGUAGAGAGUCUGUUAACAAAACAACGGGAAUUUAAAAUGUAAAUGUAAAUGUAAAAAAAACGGGAAUUUCACCCGGGUGUUCAAACAUCUGUACACAACUGUAAGUAAAAAAGUAAAUAAAUAAAGAAAACGGUCUCAGUUGAUCGCAGUGCGACAGAUUAGUCAAUAAAUAAAUAAACAAAUAAAUAAAUAAAUAAAUGUCUCAAUUGAUCGCAGUGCGACAGAUUAGUCAAUAAAUAAAUAAAUAAAUAAAUAAAUAAAUGUCUCAGUUGAUCGCAGUGCGACAGAUUAGUCAAUAAAUAAAUAAAUAAAUAAAUGUCUCAGUUGAUCGCAGUGUGACAGAUUAGUCAAUAAAUAAAUAAAUAAACAAAUAAAUAAAUAAAUGUCUCAGUUGAUCGCAGUGUGACAGAUUAGUAAAUAAACAAAUAAAUAAAUGAAGAACUGUCUCGGUUGAUCGCAGUGUGAUAGAUGAGUAAAUAAAUAAAUAAACAAACAAAUAAAUAAAUAAAGAACUGUCUCAGUUGAUCGCAGUGCCACAGAUUAGUAAAUAAACAAAUAAAUAAAUAAAGAACUGUCUCAGUUGAUCGCAGUGCCACAGAUUAGUAAAUAAACAAAUAAAUAAAUGAAGAACUGUCUCAGUUGAUCGCAGUGCCACAGAUCAGUAAGUGAAUAAAGAACGAAGUAAAGAAGUGUUGACAGAUGUGUUCCUCACGUCUGUGUCUGGCUCCUCAUUGUGGGUGUGAACAGACCGGGUUUGAGCUCAGAUGCAGAAACAGCAGAAACACAACAGCAGCUGCACCUACAGAAACACAAUGACAGGCAUAAGAGCGCUGCGCACUCUCCUCCUCAGCCUCUUCGUCCCAGGGUGUGUGUGUGGAUCAGACCUGACUGUGUGGCAAACUCCUGAAAUAAUAAACACAACAGAGGGUCAGCAUGUCAACAUCAGCUGCCACUUCACAGUUAAAUCAACCUGGGAAGGUCUGAAGGUUGAAUGGUGGAGAAAUAAUAAAACAGAAGUUAAACAGGAAUUAUUUAAUAUUUCUGCUCUGAACUCUAUAAACCCAGAGAGCAUGAACCACAGCUCAGUACUCCAGAUUCCUUCAGUGCGUCUGAAUCACAGCGGCAUCUACUACUGUGCAGUGUUUCAGGAACUACCAAUGCUUGGAGAAAAGGUUUACGGACCAGGCACAGAGCUCAGAGUGGAUGUGCCAACAGAUCACUCUGCAGUUACAGUUCUAGGUGCAUCAGUGUUGACCUCAGUGCUGAUUACUGUCUUCAUCACAUGUGUGGUAUUCCUUAUAUACAGAGGUUGUUGUACGAGACCAAAACAGCAGAGCGCAGGCGGGGCUGAGGAACCAUCGUCUGUCCUGUACGCCGCCCUGAACAUCCGCAAGCCUCAGGACAAGAGAAACUCACAGGAGGUCAGUCCUCAGCCAGACGUGGGGGGUCCGGCAGACGCGGAGGGUCCGACAGACAGCGAGGUUUUAUACUCAGACGUCCGCAUUAAAAAAAAAUAGAAACAGGGACAGACGCCGCUCUCAGACACAACAUGACGCUCUCACUGUGUCCGGCGUUUCUGACGACGGAACUAUUUUAAAGCAAAUUGUGAAAUAUGUACAUAAACCAAAACGGCCUAGAAGCGAUUAUUAAUGUGGAUCAGCACAGAAACUGGCCUGACUCCUCUGGACAGUCACUCAUUUCACUUAGAAACAUCUUUACUGAAUAAAAAGUUUGAGUCUUUUGUAUGAA